GCGAACACAGAUCGUCGCGUUUCGCCCCCACUGGAAAAAGGACGCUUUUGUUUCUUCCGUGCAUCCCACAAACACGUUCCAUCUUCACACGCGCUGUUCCUUUAGUUCUGUGAUUCGGGCUCUGGUUACUGUUUUGUUUUGGUGAUUUGUAACAGAUAUAAAGUGAUAAUCAGUGAUUCUGUUAGUGAUCGGUAGUGUUUGAAUAUAGCAUUGAUGGUCAACGUUUCAGAAACUGGAUAACUGAUUGUAACAACAGGUGUUCUUUAAUUUUUAUUUAACUUUCUGUGAACAUUUCGUCGAAAUAAGUAGGCAACAGCAGGCACUAGAUUCUCUUGAAUCUUGGACCUUCAAAUCCAAGAAUUAUUUAUAAAUAAUCAAAAAAGUAAGUGAGUGAGAAUUUUUUGAAUAUUUUUUUUACCCAAAAUUUGAAAACCCAAUGCUUCAAAGAACAUUGAUUGUUCCGAUACUGAUUUUUAAACUGUGACUGAUAAAUAUUGAGCAUGAUUUGCUGCUCAUGAAAUGAAAUUUUUCAACUGAUUCAAGAUUUUAACAUAGACUAUCUAACAUAGGUGAAAAAAAUUGUGUUGUGAAUAUUUAUGGUGUCAUCAGCAAUUUCGUACAAUCGACAAAUUUGCGUUUUGACUACAGCUUGAUUUGAAAAUUAAUUAAUAUAUAUUUAAAAAAUAUAAAUCCUUUUAAUACCAGCAGAACUUUGAUAACUGAAUUAUUUGAAGAGAAUAGAGAGAGCCCUCAACUGUUGUGAGAUAUACUGAAGAGAAUAACAAAAAUAUAUUCGCUUCACUUUCAUCAUAACUUUGUGAACAGUUUCAUGAAAACAUAAAGGAAAUGACAGUUACCAUGUCUCUCGACAAAAAUACAUCAGCGAAAGAAUCCAGUGAACUCGCCGAUCAGCCCACAGACUUGAGAACGAGAAAGAAAGACGACGAGGAUGAAGAGGCAGACGAUAUCGACGUGACGAGCACCGAGGUCAACCCCGCUCCAUCCUUUUUAAUCCGAAACCUCAUCGACAACAACAACAGAGAAGAAAACCACGCUUCAUCUUUCCGAGCCUACCAUCCCCUUUUGCACCCUCCACUUCACAUGCUCUAUCCCCAUCAGCCCCUCCACCCCCUGUAUCGUUUGGACGAUCUCCACCCAAGCUCCCAAGAACUCGUUCGCAGCCAUCCCCGAGAGGCUGGGAGUGAUGUGGACGAUGUUGAAAAUUCCUCAAGGACUUCUCCAGGGGUGGAAGGGGAUGUAUCAGGGGAUGAUGAAGGGAGGGCGAGGUUCAAAGACGAUGAACUGGACGAUGAAGACAGAGAUGAGGUCACGUCUUCUAAAGGAAGUCACCAUGCUUUGGAUUCGGACACUGAGACUGUCGGUCAUCAUAUGGGCAGCGACAGUUAUGACUCCCGGCCCCAAAGGGAAGACAGUCCAUCCCUUAAAAACAAGAAGCCCAGAAAAGCCCGCACAGCCUUCACAGACCAUCAACUGAGAACAUUGGAAAAGAGUUUUGAGAGGCAAAAAUACCUAAGCGUACAAGAUAGAAUGGAAUUAGCCGUGAAAUUAAACCUCACCGAUACACAAGUGAAAACAUGGUAUCAGAAUAGAAGGACAAAAUGGAAAAGACAGGCGAUGAUUGGCUUCGAAGUUUUCCCACCAGAUAGCGCCAGUCUCGCUCGCUUUCCUCGACUAUGGGGUCCAGCACCCUCCCCAUACUGGCCUUACAGUUACAGCAGCUACCUGUCUACCAUCUCAUCUCUAUCUGGACUGGGAACCCCCCACCUCACUGCUCCCGCCUCCUCCACCACCAUACCCACCCUCGAUAUUUACCAAAGACAGACGCCACCAGUUACCACAGCAGUCAGCAGGCCUGUCCUCCCACGAGCUGUAUACCCAUCUUCAAACAGUUAUUCCUCGUUACAGACUUUCUAUCAAGGACAGGCAACACAGUGAAUGGCUGAAACCAUAUAAAAAUUGCACAUGUCUCCUGAAUGAAAGAUUCUGUAGGUUCGUAAUCAAACCUCAGACUGUCCACAGCCGGACAGGGACAAGAAGACAUUCCACAGCUGUAUCAUUAUUUGACUAAAACACAAAAUUCUUAUGCCAGUAAGUCUAGUUAUAUAGGGAUCAUGCAAAAUUGUUGCUUUGUGAAGCAGGAGAAGACAGUAUGUGUAUUUCUUAGUUAUUGAAAUUGAACAAAUGUCUUAUUUUUCACAGAACAAUAAAAGUGAAGUAUGCAUUUGGAUCUUUCGUCUUGGGAAACUAGUGCGAUAUAGACAGAUUCAGAACUGCAUGUUUAAGAAAGAGUGAAAAAGAUUUAUGAUUUAGAUUCUUGGAUUAUGUGAAUUUCUGUUUCUACUAUGUUAUUGAAAAGAAUGAAAGAGGAUAUACUCUUUAUAAUAAAUAAUGGAUGUUACAAAAAAUGGUACAUUUCUAAAGUUGCCUUUUUGGUUUACUAGACUUCUAUGACAAAUGAAUUUCAGAACUGCUGGUCGGAAGGAUUUUGAUACUUUGUCUUUCCAUGCAAAAUUGAAUAUAGAUUGAAUCAGAAGAUAUAUCUCAUUAUGAAUUAUUAAAAGGAAUUAAAAUAGCCAGCAUGGAAUAUUUUAAUUUCCAGUUUAUAAAGGAGACAUCAAAUUUAUUGCCGAAUAUGAAUCUGACUACUGAAAAAAUGUUGAAGCCAGUUCUUUUUUUAUUUAAUGAUCUUUUCUUUUCAACAAUAAUGAUAAGCAUAUAAAGAAGAAUCAUUUGUGAUCAUGAGAACUGCUUUCUAAGACAAACUGUAUAUACUUGGUAGUUUCACUGAUUCUGUGUUUCAAAAACACUCAUUUCAACUUUAUGAUCAUCACAUAAUUUUGGAGAAAACUUACGUACCAAGUUAGAAACGUACAUAUUAAACUUUUUGCAAUGAUGUUGAAAAUUAAGUUUCAUUCAUUUCAUUGUAUAUUUCAUUUGAUAUAAGCCAUCAUAUUAAUUUUGAUCAUUUCCUUCACUUCUCAGGUUAGAUGAACGUAUAAUGAAAUUUACGUCAAGCUUUAAUAAUAAUAUAUUUAAAAUAAAAGAAGCAAUUAUUUAUCUCAAGCAAAUGGAUAUUCAUCAUAGUUGAAAUGAGAUUUCAAUAUUAAUUAUAUUUGUUCCCAUUUAUAUUAUAUGUAAAUCCAGGCUUCUCCAGAUUGUUGGACUGGUAACUGAAAACUGAUGUCACCAUUAUUUCCACGCACUUUGCAAUGGACAGAAUGCCAUAGUUCUGAUCUUUCUAAAACAUUUUAAAUAUUCUGGGUGUUUCAUGAACACGCAUGCGUACAUGUUGGACUAAUAACAAUUGCAAGCAGCAACUUUUUAAGAAGCUGUAUUUAAUGAUGGAACUUUUUUGAAUCUUUUUCAAUACAGCAUGGCAUUUAUUUCAUUCCAUUUUUCAUUCUUUCUUCUAAUAGAUUUUUUAUAUGUGGACUGAAGAACAGAGCUUAAAUGUACACGAUUUAGAUUGUAUAAAGUUUGAUCUCAAUGAAGUAUUAAAUAUUUCAAUUUAUCAUUAACCCACAAGUCUUUUUGUAUCAUAUGAGAUGCUUAUCCGUCUAAUAUAUAUUUAUUUAAACGCAUGGAUGUUUAUUGGAAUAAUGCAUGAACGCUAUAACAAUUUGUAAAGAUGGGAAAUAAAAAAAUAUUUUGAGUUCAGCAAUUAUCAUGCCAUUCUAAUGAACCAUACCGUUCUAUUAUGCUUUUCUAUUCUUAAAAGCUGUAUAAAAUUUUUUUAAAAUGUUCGUUGAAACAAUUUUUUUUUAAUUUAAUAAAUUAUUCAAUAUGAAAACCUUAUUAUGAUUAAACUCCUGAUUAUUUUUUUGGUCUUGUCUCCAGUGAUACGACAA